UGAUGAAUAGAAUCCAACAUCUUAGUACUUAAGUAAAUAAUUGUACUCCUGUCCCAACAAAAAGUGAUAAUGAUGUAGUCAUUUGUGGAGCUGUAAGAACUCCUUUGACUAAAGCUAAAAAAGGCUUACUUAGAGAUACUCCUCCAGAAGUAUUACUGAGUACUGCAUUCACAGGAUUGUUAUAGAGAACAAAGGUUGAUCCAAAGUUGAUCUAAGACAUUGUAGUUGGUAAUGUCAAUCAACCUGGAAGUGGAGCUAUAGUAUCUAAGAUGGCUGCUUUCUUAGCAGGGUUUCCUGAUACCACUUGUUUAACAGCUAUAAAUAGAUUCUGUUCUUCAGGAAUAGAAGCUUGUGCUGUAAUUGCUGCUAAAAUUAGAACUGGAAUGUUGGAUAUUGGUAUUGGUGCUGGAGUUGAGUAGAUGACUAUGUAUGACAUGUAGAGUUAAAUGAAUGCUGAAUUACUAAGUGAUGCUAUUUUUGAUCAUCCAUGUGCAAGAGAUUGUUUAUUGGGUAUGGGAUAAACAUCAGAAAAUGUGGCUGCUUAAUUUGGAAUCACUAGAUUAUAAUAAGAUAAAUUUGCUUAUGAAUCUUAAUAAAAAGCUUAUAAAGCUUAAUCAGAAGGAUUGUAUAAAGAUGAGAUUGUACCAGUUAAGACAACAAUUAAAGAUGGUGACAAGACAAAAGAGGUUCUUGUGACAGAAGAUGAUGGAAUAAGAAAAGAAACUACACUUGAAGGUUUAGGCAAAUUGAAACCUGCCUUUGGUAAGGAUGGAUCUACAACUGCUGGUAAUUCAUCAUAAGUUACUGAUGGUGCAGCUGCUGUAUUAUUAGCUAGAAGAUCUGUAGCCAAAAAAUUAGGAUUACCUAUACUUGGAAGAUUUCUUGAUUAUACAGUUGCUGGUGUACCACCAGGUAUUAUGGGUAUUGGUCCAGCUGCUGCUAUUCCUUAAUUAUUAUAAAGAAACUCAUUAAAACCAAAUGAUAUUUGCAUCUAUGAAAUUAAUGAAGCUUUUGCAAGUCAAUCUGUAUAUUGUGUAGAAAAGAUUGGUAUUGAUCCAACUAGAGUCAAUCCAAAAGGUGGUGCUAUAGCAUUAGGACAUCCCUUAGGUAGAUCUUUAUUUAUAAUAUUUAUAGGAUGUACAGGAGCUAGAUAAGUGGCUACAUUAUUACCAGAAAUGAAAAGAAAGAAGGCUAAAUAUGGAGUAAUUUCUAUGUGUAUUGCUACUGGUAUGGGUGCAGCAGCCUUAAUUGAAAAUGAAUAAAACUGAGUUU